AUGUGUCAACAAAAACUUUCGUGGAAGGAUACCAACCUAUCUCUGAUCGGGUCGGAUAUUGAUCACAAGUGCAAGGAAGCUGCUGCCCAAGGAGAAGAUGCCUGGGAAGGCAUGGGAGAAACACCUGAACUUCGCGUCUGGCGGAUUGAAAAGUUCACAGUCAAGCCCUGGCCUAAAGAGCAAUACGGUGAAUUCUUCAAGGGAGAUUCCUACAUUGUCAUGAACACCUACAAGGAGGACGACAGUGACGCCCUGAAACACGAUAUCCACAUCUGGAUUGGUGAGGACAGUACUCAAGACGAGUACGGUACUGCCGCCUACAAGAUGGUCGAAGCCGACGAUUUCCUUGGUGGAGCUCCAGUCCAACAUCGUCAAAUUCAAGGAAAGGAAUCUGCCGAGUUCCGAUCAUAUUUCGACUCUCUUCGAUACCAUGACGGUGGUGUCGAAAGUGGAUUCAACCACGUCGAACCGACUGUCGAAAAGCCAGUUCUCUUCCGUGUCAAGUCAUCUGGAAAACAAAUCGCUAUGACUCAAAUGCCACUUAGCAAGAGUUCUUUAAAUGAGGGUGACUCCUUCAUCCUGUACGGGGGUAAGGGCCAUGUCUGGUGCUGGAAUGGAAAGGAUUCCAAGCCAAUGGAAAAAGCAAAGUCUAAUCUAUGGGCAGAAGGCAUGUGUACCCUUGGAAGCGUCAAGGUGAUUGACCAAGGUGACGGUGACGAAGAUGUCGGCGACUUUUGGGAUUACCUUGGCGAAGGCGAGAUUGCUCCCGCCGAAGAAGCCGUCGAACCCAUCACUGAGUUCAAGCCACUUCUGUUCCGUGUCGAUGCAAACCCCGACACAGAGUUGAAGCAAGUUGCCGAGGGUUCUUUGCAUCAAUUUCCAGGAAAGCCUGUCCCCGUCCUUGAAAAGGAUAUAUUAAACGAGGACGAUGUGUUUCUGAUGGAUUCUGGAUGGGAGGUCUAUGUCUGGAUCGGAAGGGAUGCUGAUACGUCCGAAAAGAUUGCUGCCAUGGGAGCUGCUGACCGUUACGCGCAGAUGGAACCUCGUGUCGCCGACUUGCCCGUAACGAUUGUCAAGAGUGGAAAGGAAUCUCCUUCGUUUAAGGCUUCCUUCGGAAUGACUGCCAUGUCUCUAUUGUUAUGCAGAUUGGAACAACAAGCGGGAAAUUCUGUGUUCGAUUGGACUGACGAGCGAGCAAGACGCCGAAAGGCGUCUAUGCUUUACUGGUGA